AUGUUACCGGAGAGGAAGCUUGUUCAUUUAGGCGUCCGCAUGUCCGUCCGUCCGUCUGUUUAUCUGUGCCUCCCUUUGCCGACCUCUCCGUACAAAACGACAGUUGAUGGCGGCGACGGCGGCGGCGGUAGCACAGCAGCCACCGCCUCUGUCACCGUCGCCGCUGCCGCCAGCCGGUCCGGUGGAAGAGGCCGCGAGUCACCCCUCCGCCAGCUCGCCAACAUCACCAACAUCAUUACAACUAACAUCAUCACCAACAUCAUCACCAACAUCAUCGGCGGCGGCAGCGGCAGUGGCGGAUGGGGCGUCGGCUGGUUCUGCAACGCCGACGGCGUCCCCCUAGGACCGGGACCCGCCCCCAGCUCCGGUGACACCGGGGUGACGUACGGCACCUCCUCCCCCACCCCCACCUCAGGGGGUCGCCGCACUGAGUGCUGGGUGGCCCCCCGGGACUACCCGCAACGGGAGUGUGUUUUGUGGAGGGGCGAGUGCCGCCGGGUGGCCCCUGCGUCCGCGGUGGAGUCGUGCAUGCUGUGCAGCCGGGGAUGGGGUACGUACGACAGUGAGGAGGAGUGUCUGGCUGCUGGCGGCUUUUCCCCCGCAGCCGCCGGCAUCGACCCCGCUACCUAUCCCGCUCCCUCCGCACCCCCCAGCAAGUGCAACUACAACCCUGCGGCCCGGGUCCGCCCUUCACCACACCCCGCCAACACCAAUAUUCCUGAUGCAGUGUUUAACUCUUCUCCUGGAGUAUCCUAUUUCUGGUAUAUCUGCUUCACUCGCCAGUGCUCCUCCCCCAGCGGGCCCUGCCCCCACCUGCUACCCGACCUGGUGCUGUGGGAGGCAGCCGCCACGUGGCCCGCGUCAGGGGGCUACUCGGGAGCCCCACCGACCCGCGGGUCGGCAGUGGUGCUGCCCCCCAACAAGAGGCGGCCAGCAGCGGUAGCGACGGUAACGUGUUCGCGUCCAUUCGAAUUCCAGCUAGCUCCGAGGCAGCUCAUCUUCGACGACGCGACCAUCCACCUAGUGGUGGGCGCCAUCUAUGUGUACGGCAGGCUGAGGGUGGGCGGCGAGGGGUGUCGAGUGGGGGGUCCCAUCACCUUCACCUUCCAGCCGGCGGAAGGUGUUCCGGAGGGCGAUAUGGGUAUUCAGGUGCUCCCGGGGGGCCAACUAGAUCUGCACGGCACGUCGUACAAACCCACGUGGACCCGACUGUCGGCCACCGUACAGCGGGGGAGCAACUUCAUGACAUUGCAGGUCACAAGAAAUACACAGGACUCGGUAUCCUCCUGGCUCCCAGGACAGCUGCUGUUUGUCACCACCAGCAUCUACCGAGACGAGUACGAGAACCAGAACGAGGUGGCGGCCGUACAGUCGGUUAGCGCGGACGGUCGUACGGUGGUGGUUGACCGGCAGUUCCAGUACUCCCACUACGGCGGUUCCGAGUAUCAGAGUGAGGUGGGCCUCAUCAGUCGCUCGCUGCUGCUUCAGAGCUGGCCGGGCUCCGGAACCACAUCCCGGGGGGCGCAUGUCAAGAUCAUGGGGCAGGGUCGGUUGGAAGGUGUGUUGUCGUACCUUAUGGGCCAACUGAAUGUACUCGGAGCAUACCCCUUCCACUGGCAUAACGUGGGCGACGCUGGUGGCGGCUUGUCGUACGCUAAGGACUGCGCUGUGUUUGCGUCGUACUACCGAUGCUUCGUGAUCCACGGCGCAAAUAACCUGGCCUUGUACGACAACACCGCCUUCCACGCCAUCGGCAGCUGCUUCUACCUGGAGGACGGUGUUGAGGAGGGCAACUGGCUACAGCACAACCUGGGGGCUUACGUGCACGUGAUCGGGAAACCGGCCGGGGGUGUCACACAGAGCGGGGAGGUGUUCGUACAGGGUCCUGGUCUCGCCCACCCCACCGAUGCGGCUGCCGGUGUGUUUUAUUCAUCCAACCCCAACAACAUAUUUAAGAGGGCGGACAAUGCCGCCAGCGGGGGAUUCGCGGGGUACAAUUUCCCCGUACUGCCCGAGCCCAUUGGGGACCACCGGUGGAUGCGGACGACCCUCAACCCAAGUCAGCGACCCAUGGGUCUGUUUGACGGAAACACGGCCCACUCAUCCGGAUACUUUUGGAUUAUGGCGGGGGCUAUCUACGUGGGGGGUAAGCUGUGGGUUAAUGAUGCUGAUGGUGGCAAGUUGUACUACAGCAGUGGGCGUUACGAAAUGGACACACGUGACGACACGGGCACGUCCCUCUCCUUCCACACCUUCACCGCCAACCGCGUGUGGCUGGCCCAGUGGGGCAUCAGCCACUGGGGCGCGCGGGUGGUGGUGAGGGGCUGGGGGGCGGCGGACUGCGUGCGGGGGGCCAACGUAUUCGGACUGGCGCACCUGGCGGAUGCGCUGGUGGUCGGGCGGUCGGGGAACACCGACGCGCAACACGGACGGCUCCGCCACCCUCCGCGGCCGCCCCACAUUGAUCGGCAGUUGGCCGAGCUGCCGCUGGGGAAUGUGCACUGGUGCGACUACUGGCCGUGGAGGGGCGUGGCCAGACUGGAUGUGCGGGUGCCGGGAUACACAGUGCCUGGUAUCACGGGGGUGAGCGGUACGACAGGCUGGUACCUUCACCUGGAUCCGGGGGUUACUCCCGUACUGCAGGUGUUUAUGACCCAGAUCCCCCCGGGAGCCAGUUUGGUGUUCGCCACCCGCUACCCCCCAGGCACCACCUUCUCCGUGUCCCGGGUGUUUCGUUGGUACCCGGCACUGAGCUCCCCUGUACGGCAGGCCGGCAGCCUGGGGGAGGUGCUGGAGGGGGGCGGGGAUCUCUACUGGUUCAGUGGGAAACAUAUCUACAUAAAAAUGGUUGACCCGGGUAUGUCGCACAUGGGGGGUUCGGUAGGGGUGGAACUUGGCUGUGUGUGUAUGUAUGCAUGUGACGCGUCCCGCGACCCGCCCUUCUCCGCCGACGGCGUCACCGUGUGGGGCACCCGGUACUUCAAUGCCUGGUACUGGGUGAACACCACCACCAUGGGGGGCCAGGCUCGUAUCAACGACCUCACACCACCAUUAUCUUAUCUUGAGCUUUCUCUAGCUAUCUUCAUGUCAGUUAUAUCUUCCGGUGUCCUGCUCAACCCUCAGGACCCGUGGGUCGCUUGUCCCUGGGUGUCGGGCGGAGGGGGCUCCUCAGCCACCCCUGGAGCGCACUUUUGUAGUAUGGCCCCCGACCCAGCCUCAGAUGUACCGGAUGCGCUUCCACUGUCGUACAACAGCUGGGUUGACCCCUUCUGUACGGACAUUGCGCCGCCGGGCACCGAUCUGCUCAGUUGCCCGCAGGUGGUGGCUCAGGGGCUGUGCGGUACGGCAGGUAUUCGCCGACCCACCGACCCGCACGUCCUGCUGAUUGGCGGCUACUGCGCCGUCAGCUGCGGGGUGUGCGGUCAGGGGGACCGGGCGUGUGUGGACAAGGUGCCCCCGGGCACUUACACCUGCAGCCAGCAGAUGGAGUGGGGGCAGUGCGCUCAGCCCUGGAUGCGGCUCAACCGCUGGUGCCUAGCGACGUGCGGAUUGUGUGAAACCACAACCAUCGCCACAACGACCACUACCACACCGGGCUGCGUGGACGUGCCGGCUCCAGGCCGCACGGGAAACGACGGCCGGCACGCAACAGCGCUUGUUUGGCGCUCCAACUAGACGGGAUCUAUGCCCGUUGGUCUCCUAACAUAAACGAAGUCGCAACUGGGGGGCUCUUCCUGCCGACCGAACGAACCGAGCAUCUCAGAGAGCUCGCUACCAGGACUUGGGCGACCGGGAGCCCGACGAGUCUUCCCGGGCUGGGGAGGUCACCAAGCUCAAAAAUCCUCACGCAAAAAAGAGCGCAAAGAGCUCACACCACAAGACGCCAAACAGCCUCCUGAGACUACUACCCUCCUCCGCCUCUCCCUCCCUGGGCUAGUCCAGGGGAGAUAGCCCCCGUCGAGGGGGUAACACCGCACAAGUCCGCGCCCUUCCACAGCACUGGGUCUAAAUUGAAAAGUACUCAAACGGGAAGACCCUGCGGCAACGCAGGGCGAUCAAGCCUCCGGAAACCACAGGGGGGGAGGGUAGCCAGCUCGGCGCCCCCCCAAUACCGCUCUACCAAGACGGCUGGUUCCCAAGAUCCUAUCUC